AUGGCCUUCAUUUUAACGGUCCCUACCAAGGCGUCCCCUUUUCCCUAUGCAGCAGCAGCCAUCGCAGCAUAUUCUGGUAGAGCCGAGGUUACCUUUGACGAUGCCGCUACUUCUGCAUCCUUAGUUGUGGGCGAUUCUGUAAUCAACGAAGAAGAUGCCAUUAUCCAACAGAUCGCUAAAGAGACAAGCCUCGCAAGCGACAGCGCAAAUACUCCAACUUUUUUCGAGCAAGGAACAAACUUGCGAACGCUCGCGGUCUUUUCGGACAUCGUCGCGGCGCUCGACUCGCUCGAUGACCAUCUCGCGUUUCGAACCUUUUUAGUGAGCCAUGAACCUUCUGCAGCAGAUUGGGUUGUUUGGGGUGCUAUUAAAGGAAACAUCAAGAUCUUAGGGCUUCUCAAGAAUAACCAACAUAUUCACCUUGCUCGUUGGUUCUCACAUUUAGAAUCUUUGAAAUCCACGCAGACCCUACUUUCCGAUCUGACGAAUGCCAAGGCAAACAAGGCUCGUUCAAACAAAACUGCUGCUGGUUUUGCCCUAGGGCUCCAAGAUGCUAAGGAUGGACAAGUUGUUACACGCUUUCCUCCUGAGCCUUCGGGUUACUUGCACAUCGGCCACGCAAAAGCCGCCAUGUUAAAUCAGUACUUUGCGAAGAUGUAUCACGGAAAAUUGAUCAUCAGGUUCGAUGACACCAAUCCUUCAAAGGAACGAUCUGAAUUUGAAGAAACUAUCCUUGAGGAUCUACAACUUCUUGACAUUCAUGGAGACGUGGUAACGCAUACCUCCGACCAUUUUGAAACCCUCUAUAACUAUGCAGUCAAAUUAAUCAAGGAAGGAAAAGCAUAUGCAGAUGAUACUGAACAACUUCAGAUGCGUGAAGAGCGCUUCAAUGGAAUUGCGUCUAAACACAGGGACGACAGCCCUGAGGAGAACUUGAAACACUUUGAAGAGAUGAAAGCUGGCACGACUGAAGGUCAACGAUGGUGUAUUCGUGCAAAGAUUAGCGUGGACAAUCCCAAUAAAGCGAUGAGAGACCCAGUCAUCUACAGAUGUAAUGUUUUGCCUCAUCACCGCACAGGGGACAAAUGGAAAGUCUACCCAACUUACGAUUUUGCUUGCCCCAUCGUGGAUUCAAUAGAGGGAGUUACCCAUGCUCUGAGGACAAAUGAAUACCGGGACAGAAAUGCUCAAUAUUUCUGGAUGCUCGAGGCUGCCGGGGUUCGAAAGGUCAACAUCUGGGACUUCAGUCGGCUUAAUUUCAUUUAUACGCUCCUCUCAAAGCGCAAGCUGCACUGGUUCGUAGAUCAGAAACUGGUUGGCGGAUGGGAUGAUCCCAGAUUCCCUACAGUCCGAGGUAUUCGAAGGCGUGGCAUGACUGUCGAGGCACUUACCCAAUUCAUGCUGGCGCAAGGUCCUUCCCAAGCAGCUGUGUCCAUGGAGUGGGAUUCUAUUUGGACAACGAACAAAAAGAUAAUCGAUCCUGUUGCUCCUCGUUUUUGGGCUAUAACCAAAGACAAAGCCGUACGGGUUACUAUCAAUGGAGGACCUUCCACUCCUGAAGUAAAAUCUGUCCCGAAACAUAAGAAAAACCCCGAUGUCGGGGAGAAGAAAACAGUGUAUUCCUCUUCGAUCUUGAUUGAACAAGAAGAUGCUCAAUCAUUCGAUUACGAAGCAAAUGAAGAGGUCACUCUCAUGGAUUGGGGCAACGCAAUCGUCAGGUCUAAGGAGGUUGACGCCUCUGGAGUCAUUACAUCCAUUACAAUGGACCUUAAUCUCGAGGGUGAUUUCCGCAAAACCAAGAAGAAGAUCACCUGGCUCGCUCAAUCAACCACUGACCACCCUAUCCCAUCUGUUACUCUUGUUGACUUCGACUAUCUUAUCACCAAGAAGAAGUUGGAGGAAAAUGAUGAUGUUGCUGACUUCGUCACGCCUGUCUCGGAGUUCAAGGAAUUCGCUUUCGCAGAUGCCAAUGUUCUCGAGCUCAAAAAAGGCGACAUCAUCCAAUUCGAACGCAAGGGAUAUUACAUUUACGACAACGAAGUCAACGGCGAGCGUGAAUUCUUCAAAAUACCUGAUGGUCGCUCAGCAGGCAUCGCCAGCAAAGCGGGUCCACCUACUCCUGCUCCUGCAUCGAAAAAGUCCGGCACAGAAAUUCAGCCAGUCUCGUCUAUGUAUACUCUGGAAAAGAUUUACGGAGAUGAUAUCAACUCUGAUUCGGCCUCUCAAAUGUACAAAAUGGAUAGCAUUUACAAGACUGAACCAAGUCACUGGAAAUAUGUUUCCGAAGGAGGCGCUACAAUCGUAUUCUCGUAUUGCGGGCCCCCUCACCCAGAAUUUGAUGGCAUGGUACUGCGUUUGAGGAAGUCGAUUGUUCCUGUAAUUGGUUCUGGGAAGGAGAAGGUCGUCGAUUCACCACAACAGGGCGAGGAGCCUGAUGAUCCAACAAUCGAAUACCAAACAAGGUGCAUGGAGAGAUUGAUACCCAAGGAGCAUCUCCCUCGAUUGCAAACUGUUAUCUUGGAAAGAGCGUGGCUAGAAAAUUUAGUUGAAUUGCAAGAUCCUAUUAGGCCGCAGGAUCGAAGAGCAAAGGAUGAAGUGGAUCUGGACAGGAAGAAAGGUGUAUUAGCUACAGAUCUUGUGGGGGGCAAUUGGUUGGCAAUUGAAAUUAAGCCUAAAUGGGCCUUUUUACCAUCGCCUAUUCACUUAUCUGACGAAACGAAAGCAGUGAAAACCCAGACCUGUCGCUUUUGCAUGCAAACUCAUCUGAGAGUUCACCAAGGACAACCAAAUAUUACCGAUUACUGUCCCCUUGAUUUGUUUUCAGGUGAUGAAGGUCGUAUUUCCAAGGCUAUCCGCAGCUUAUGGGCAGGUUGGGUUGCGAGCGGUGCAACUGCUAACAAUUUAAAGAUAUUUUCUAGAGGGAAAUUUGUGAUUCCUUCCGAAGCCAAAUUAAUGUUGAAGGAUGGCCAGAACGUCAAUGCUGAGUUAAACGAUAUACGAGAUGCGCUUACUAUUGCACUUCGACGACCGUUGAUGCGAACACCCGUUUUGCGUAUUAUUUCAAGAUUACAAAGGACUCUUGAUGUCCUGGAUAUCGAAGGCCUUUCAAGACUAUGGCGGUCGACUGAAGCCUCUAUGCCGCUUUACCGAUCAACAUUCGCUUCGUUUUUUGAACAGCAAGGUACGGGUGCUCAGCCCAUACCCCCUUCUACCCCAAUAGGUGUGAGCUCUCUAUUUCUACAAGCUCCAGAGCCGGACAUUUCGGACUGGAACGACUUCUUGAAUGUCUAUUUGUCUCAAGACAGGCCACAACUUGAUCACUCGAAUCCCUCUCCUGAGAAUCUUCGCGAAUAUCUCAUGGCAUAUCUGCUUUCCGCCACAUUCAAGGACUGCUCCAUUAUUGUCAAACUUGACUUCUUGGACCUUUCAAAUCCUAGCGAACAAAUAACUUCUGUUCCGGAAUCGGUGACCGUCAUUGAUCUCGAUCCGAAGAGCAUGAAGAAAUUGAAGGGCUGGGAGAAAAUGGAUCAGGAGAUUGCAACUACUUAUGCCACUUCUGCUAAGCAAAGAAAGGGUUCCAGUACACGCAUGACCUCAUCAUCACUUGAAUCUGUCGGCAUCAAUUCUGCUGCUAUGAUUCCAAUACGUCCUAUCUUCGUAAAGCGCUUCCCAAGACGCGUUGGACAUCUUCCAACCACGAUUCAUCCGAUCUCGAUGACUGCAAAUCCGUUUAGGCUGAACCAACAGAAACGAAACGCGUCGUUCUACAACAAUGAUAUCGCAGGGCUUACCGAAGAGGAGGCAGAGUUUAGAAAUGCUGUAGUUGAAUUCGCCGAGAAGGAAGUUGCACCUCGAGCCGAGGAGGUCGACAAAAACAACAAAUUUCCCGACGAUCUUUGGGAGAAGUUUGGGUCUAUGGGGUUACUAGGAGUAACUGUAUCUCCCAAAUAUAAUGGGCUUGCUCUAGGGUAUCUCCAUCAUACCAUCGCCAUGGAGGCACUUUCAGCUGCUUCGGGUUCUGUGGCCCUUUCCUACGGAGCUCACUCGAAUUUAUGUGUCAAUCAAAUUCACCGACAUGGCACGGACGAACAGAAGCAAAAAUAUUUGCCCGACCUGGUAUCUGGUAAAAAGGUUGGAAGCCUGGCUAUGAGUGAGCCAGGCAGUGGCAGCGAUGUUGUCAGCAUGCGUUUGAAAGCUGACAAGGUGGAAGGAGGCUGGGUACUAAAUGGGACCAAAUUUUGGAUUACAAAUGGUCCUGUUGCUUCAACGCUAGUGGUGUACGCUAAAACAAGUCCCGAAAAGGGCUCAAAAGGAAUCACAGCUUUCAUCAUUGAGAGGGGAUUUGAGGGCUUUUCAUCGAGCCCUAAACUUGAUAAAUUUGGUAUGCGAGGAAGCGACACAUGCGAACUUGUAUUUGAAAAUUGCCGGGUUCCCGAUGAAAACGUUCUUGGAGCUGUGGACAAAGGAGCCGCUGUCCUUAUGUCUGGUUUGGAUCUAGAACGAAUCGUUCUCAGCGGCGGACCACUCGGGUUAAUGCAAGCGGCCUUCGAUUAUGCUGUGGAGUAUGUACACGAGCGGAAGCAAUUUGGCCAACCAGUGGGGACUUUCCAGCUAAUGCAAGCCAAGAUAGCUGACAUGUAUACCAAACUGAAUGCAAGUCGUUCCUAUGUAUACGCUGUUGCACGUGCCUGCGACCGAGGACAGAUUAGUCGCAAGGAUUGUGCAGGCGCAAUUCUCUACUCGACCGAGAAGGCUGUCGAGGUUGCUUUGGAAGGAAUGCAGUGUUUUGGUGGCAAUGGCUACAUAAAUGGUUGGUCUAUCUACUGA